UUAUCCCUUCAUUUCAGUUUGGUCUGCAGAGACAUGAAUACUUUCAUUGAUGAGGAUUUCAGUGUGACAAGUAACACCAGCCAUGAAACAGGACGAGGAAGUCUAGAUGGUAGCAAACACCAAGGACUCAACCACAGUGACCCCCUGGACAUGUUCAUAGGCAUGGAGCUUCUUCUACGUUUCAAACUUCUCUUCCUGCCUCUCUACUGCCUGUUAGUGGCUGUGGCUGGUGUUGGAAACUCCUUCCUGUUGGCUUGUAUCUUGGCUGACAAGAAACUCCACAAUGCCACCAACUUUUUCAUCGGUAACUUAGCAGCAGGAGACCUGCUGAUGUGUUUGAGUUGUGUUCCACUGACUGCAUCUUAUGCCUUCGACAGCCAUGGCUGGGCUUUUGGGAGACCCCUAUGCCACCUGGUCCCCUUGCUGCAAUGUGCCACUGUGUUUGCAUCAGUUCUUUCACUCACUGCCAUUGCUGUGGACCGCUAUGUUGUUGUAGCUCAUCCAGUACGGAGGAGGAUCUCUGUGUGGGGCUGUGGUGCUGUGACUCUGGGUGUAUGGCUUUUAUCUCUGGCCCUGGCUGCACCACCGUCUCUCUACACACGCUACCUAGACCUGCGGCCAAGUGGUAUCGACUUGGUAGUAUGCGAGGAAUUCUGGCCAAAUAGCGGCAAUCUGCGGCUGCUCUAUUCCUGCUUCAUUCUCAUAGCUUCCUAUAUGAUCCCGCUGCUGUCAGUCAGCAUAUCCUACUGUGCCAUUACUGUCAGCCUAAGACGCUAUUCAGUGCCUGGGGAGCAGUCCAACAGCCAGCAGCGCUGGAGCCAGAGGAGGAAGAAGACCUUCUCUCUGCUGGUGGCCUCAGUGUUGGCCUUCGCCCUGUGUUGGCUGCCUCUGCAGGUCCUGAACCUGUUGCUGGACCUGGACCCAGACUUCCACAUCAUAGGGAAGCGCUACAUAAACGUCUUACAAGUCUGCUGCCAUUUAGUGGCUAUGAGCUCUGCAUGUUACAACCCCUUCAUCUAUGCCUCACUGCAUAGCAAGGUACGCAUGCACCUGAAAGGCUACCUCUGUCCUUGUCGCAAAAGUAAGAGGGCAAUGGUGGAGAGAGCAACGUCCAGUAGCUGAUUUCCAACUGUGCCUGAUACGAUACCACUGCUUCAUCAGCUGCUGACAUACAGAGCCCCAUCCUUCACUCAUAAGCUAACACCUGCAGCCCUAGCACUGAGGAAAACACAACAGCUUAUUACAUUUAAACCAGAUUAAACCAGAUUUCUCCACAAUUUUCCAGUGUUUGUUGACUUCAACACAUUUAGUCCUCUCUUGUACAGUGUCAUCAGAGGCACGGCUAAAUAAGGUCACAUAUGACAAACAGACAAAGGCGCGGAUCCAGACCAGACUGUAGUGUACUUUAGUAUUAUGAUCAAGAAGAUUAAACCAUCCAUUGGGAUCUGUAUGUUUUUCCUACACUAAGCAGAUCCUGCAGCUUUAAAAAGGUCAAAACACAGGCAUGAACAGACCCUUAGGCGUAGGGACUCUGUUAUGCUGGAGGCUGAGACCAGGGUUGGUUACACUGGUUACAAGGCCUUGUUAGAUUUGAACAAUAAAUGCUUCAGGGAGCUGACUGAACAAUGAACUCUUCUCCACAGACAUGGAUUACAGACCAUGAAGAGGAUAUGUGCAAAAGACACAAUGUGAUUGUUUUAUUUUGCCCCUGCUAUUGAAUGUCUGUGCUUCAAAAUCUUAUUCUUAUUUUUUAAGUCUCUCUUGUAUUACAUACUGUAUCGCCAUAUUGCAUUUACAUUUACUCAUUUGGUAGAGGCUUUAAUCCAAAGCGAUUUACAAGUGAAGGACAACACUAAAGCUCCAUUGCAGUAGGAGACCUUGGUGUAAGUACUAAGUACCACAUCUAUUCAAUAAGUGCAAAGAGAUCAGGUAAAGAAGUGCACUGUAAGUGUAUAGUAAAUGCUUGCAUGUUAGGGUGUCAGAGGUGUUAGGAGAGGAGGUGCUCUCGGAAGAGAUGAGGGAUACCACUGCUCCGAUAUCAUUUUGUAGCUUGUUCCACUAUCGGGGAACCACAGAGGAGAACACUGGACUGAGAGGAAUGCCUUGUGUAACGCAGGGACGGUAAAGCCAGGCGACAUUCUUUGGAGGAACGCAGUGGUCGAGAUGGAGCAUAAGCCUCUAUGACUGAGUUCAAGUAGAUGAGAGCAGAACCAGAGGUCACUCUGAAGGCAAGCAUUAGUGACUUGAAUUUGAUUCAGGUGGCCAUGGGUGGCCAGUGUAGGUCAAUGAGUAGUGGAGUGGAGUAGAUGUGCCUGUUUAAGUUGAUCGAAGACCAGGCGUGCUGCUGCAUUCUCGACCACCUGUAAGGAUCUCACUGUGUGUGAGGGGAGGCCCGCCUGAACGGCAUUGCAGGAGAUGAGGCGAGAGGUGAUCAUGGCCUGGACCUAGAGUUGGGUGGCGUACUAGGUCAGGUAAAACCAUAUUUUUCUGGUGUUGUAUAGUGAAAAGCAAUCGGGAGACUGAUGAAACAUGGUAAGAGAAGGAUAGCUGGUCAUCAAACAUGACACCCCGGUUUCAUGCGAGCUUGGUUGGGGUAAGAUCGGGUAUUAUAUUAUCAGAUAUUAUAUCAGAUUUUUUAUGUUGACAUACACAUUGUCUGCUAUUUCUUUGUGUCAUUAUGUAUUAUUUAUUCACCAUGAUUCAGCUCAACUAGCUAACUUUUUGUGUUAUCAAUACCGUUGUGUUUAUGUAGUGUGCACACAGUUUGUGUGGACCUGGGUGAAAAAGAUCAAUAUGUACAGGAGUGGGAGAUGAAAUCUGAAGCUUAUAUGACACCUUCAAAGUGCUGUUUGUAAAGUUUAAUCACUGCCAAAUUCAUAACGGUGUUACCUGAUGAAUAAAGUCUCAUUGCUUUUGUUCUGUACGGAAAACAAGAUUAAUGCAAUGAUCAACUUAGUAUUCAGAGCAUGAACACAGAGUCACCUAUAAGCAUCACUGCUGACACCACUCCCAUUGAGUUCCCAUCAAGUAUGAUUAAUGCUGUCUUUGUUUGUCAAAGUCAGGCUAUCAAGUCCAUUUUUGAACAUGCAUCUUGUUAUAAGACUCACCAGAGAACUGGCUAAUGUGAUCUAAAUUACAUUUAAGCAGCAUUAAUUUUGUUCACUUACUUAUACAGUUUUCACUAUUAUUGUUGCAUAUGAUAAAAAAGGAUAUGUAUAUAUAUAUAUAUGUGUGUGUGUGUGUGUGUGUGUGUUUGUGUGUGUGUGUGCGUGUGUGUGUGUGUGUGUAUAUAUAUAUAUAUAUAUAUAUAUAUAUAUAUAUAUA